AUGAGAGGUCGCUUGGGGAUUAAUGCCAGCAGGUUGUCGACUCACCGGUUCGAGCAGAUUCCUGAUCUGCCUAAUGACAAGAUGGCCAACCCUAACGACGCGACCAUCGACAUUCCUUUAACGGAAACCCUGAGCAGGGGCCAGAAUGGCACCCGCAAAUGGGGAUCCAAUUCUAACACUACCGCGGCUGAGCAUGAAGGUGAAAAGGCCGUCCUGCGCGGUCCUGGCAGACGUCGCCAAACUGCCCCGGAUAUCACCGAUGCCACCGGUAAGCCGGCCGAGUCGCCCGAGGACGGUACCGUCAACCGUCUGGGUCGCAUCUAUCAGGCCAUUUACAAUUUCUCCAUCGUCACUCGUUAUAUGAUCUACGUUAUUCCUAUCGGUGCUCUGAUUGCCAUUCCCAUUAUUGUGGGUGCCACGGUUGCGCAGGAUGCUUAUAUCGGUGGCGUCCACAUCUACUGGUUCUUCACCUGGAUUGAGGUUGUCUGGGUCAGUCUAUGGGUGUGCAAGAUCUUUGCCAAGUUCAUUCCCUACGUAUUCCAAACACUAUGCGGCUUUGUCAGCUCCGGCACUCGCAAGUAUGCUCUUAUUCUGCGUGCUCUGGAGCUCCCCAUCACCAUCGUCAUUUGGUGUGUCAUCUCGCUGGUGACUUUCCUUCCGAUCAUGCGGUAUGGUGCCGAUAACACCUCCGACGUCUCGUCCUGGGAGAAGAGCGUCAAGAACAUUCUGUUCGCGCUGCUUGUCUGCAGUUUGAUCUUCCUCGGCGAAAAGGCUCUCGUCCAGCUCAUCUCUAUCAGCUACCACCGCAAGCAGUUCGACGCCAAGAUCAAGGAGUCCAAACGCAAUGUCUACCUCGUCGGUCUCCUCUUCGAGGCUUCGCGCAACAUGUUCCCCAUGUACUGCCCCGAGUUUGCCGAUGAGGACACCACCAUUCUCGAUCCGCUCCUGGGCCAGGUCAGCAGCGGCCGCAACAGCAAACGCACCUCGCUUACCCCCCUGCGCUUAAUCAAGGAUGUCGGCCGUCAGGUCGGACAGAACGUUGGCCGUAUCGGUGACAAGGUCACUGCUGCCUUUGGCAACGUCGCUUCCGAACUCACCGGCAAACAGGUGUUCAACCCGGAAGCUACCCACUCCAUUAUGGUGCAGGCCCUUGAGCGCAAGCGUUGUGCUGCUGCGUUGGCUCGCCGUAUUUGGAUGUCUUUCGUCGUCGAGGGCCGCGAGUCUUUGUUGUUGGAGGAUAUCAUCGAGGUGCUUGGACCUGAGCAUGAGGCCGAUGCCGAAGAGUGCUUUGCAGCCCUGGACAAGGAUGGAAAUGGCGAUAUCUCCUUGGACGAGAUGAUCCUGACCAUCACUGAGUUUGGUCGCAUGCGCAAGUCUCUCAACAGCAGCAUGCACGAUGUCGACCAGGCUAUCCGUGUCCUGGACAACCUGCUGCUUUCUGUUGCCUUUGUUGUUGGUGUCUUGGUCUUCGUUUCUUUCGUCACCACUGGAUUCGGUACUGUCAUUGCCGCUGGUGCUACUUCGCUGCUGUCCCUGAGUUUUGUCUUUUCGACCACUGCCCAAGAAGUGUUGGGCUCCUGCAUUUUCUUGUUUGUCAAGCACCCCUUCGACAUUGGCGACCGUAUUGAUAUCCUCAACAAGUCAUACGUCGUGGAGCGUAUCUCUCUGCUGUUCAGUGUCUUCCGCACCGUUGGUGACCACCGUAUGACUCAGGUUCCCAACAACAUCCUGAACAGUCUGUGGGUCGACAACUUUACUCGUGCCAACGCCAUGCACGAGCAGCUCACUGUCCCUGUCAGCUUCGAUACCUCCUUUGCUGAGAUCCAGGCUCUGCGAGAGGAGAUGGAGAUCUUCGUCCGGGAUAAGGAUAACAGCCGUGACUUCCAGCAGGAUAUCGACAUUGAGGUUAUUGGUGUCGGUGAUAUGGACAAGCUCGAGCUACGUGUCGAUAUCCGUCACAAGUCCAACUGGUCCAACGAGACUGUCCGUGCCGCUCGCCGAUCCAAGUUCAUGUGUGCUCUGGUUCUCGCUAUGCGCAAGGUUCCUAUUCGCGCCCCUGGUGUUGCUGCUCCUGAGGAAGAGAGCAAGGGGGGUGGUGAUGAUGAUGACAAGGGCGACGAUGCGGAUCCUGACUUUACUGCUGGCGACCGCAAGUCGUCGCAGACUGCUGGUGCCACGAUGAACUACUCGCUGUCUCCGAACACCGCCCAGGCGACUGGCGUCGACCAGGGCCGCUCUUCUGGUACCGUCUCCCACCGCGGAUCCAACGCCCUCCAGCGUGAGGCCGCCAUCGCCGACCGCCUUAACGCCCGCUCUCCUGCAGCCGAUAUCAGCCGUGAAGAUCAAUUAGAAGGCCUCUACCGCACGACGACCGGUGCCUCCAGCCAGGGCCGACAGAGCCUGUACGGCACCGUUCCCAGCAAUGCUCCAAGCCGCGGGCUCUCGACCGGCCACCGCAAGGCCGGUCUCCGCGCAUCCUACAACGAUGAAGAUGUCCCGAUGCCCCCACCCCUUUCCCCUGUGCAUGCAGGCAUGACCCCAUCAACCAGCAACGUGCCCAUCCUCGGCGAACCCGCGCCUCCAGGCUCCCGCGGCAGCGUCCGCUACGACCCCCCUAACCAGGCCUCCACACUCCCUAUCAUCGGCUCCCCCGAGCCGGAUCACUACCACCCCUACUACAACCAAGAAACCGACUACGAGCCCACAGCCGUCAGCGGCGACGGGCACCCCUUGUCUGGCAUGACUGAAUCAUCAUCCCAUUACGAGGUUCAAAGUCGCUACGACCCCGUCUCUCCUCCCUCCAUCUACUCGCCACAGCCUUCCCAGCCUGCUACAUUCACGCCGAUUACGCAGCCGCAGGAAAACACGAACCAGCGUUCCUCGUUCAUCUCGCGGACGCUGAAGCGUGGCAAGGGCCCGAAGUCGCAGGGCGAAGGUGAAGCUUGA